CGCUCUCCCCAACACGUAUGCUACACGCCCACUUUGUCCGUGUAAGAUUUUCUUUCUUUCAUGCGGUGCAGUGUGUCUUUCGACAGAGAGAGAGCGCCUCGAAUUUUCUUACUGACACACACGCAGAGUGAAAAGCAUAGAGGAAUUUGUUGAGUAUGUAUUUUUCAGUUCAAGCUGUGAAAGCUGGCUAAAAUACAUUGCAACUGCCAGAUUCAAGAACUAUGAAAGCUGCCGAAGGUUCGUUUGUAUCUCAGCUGUAAUGAAUAUUCUUUGCAAAUGACAUUUAGGUUGGAAAUAAAACAUAUUUUUCGGUCGCCGCCUCGUAAGGGGGGCUUUAUGUUCAGGGGUUAUAGUAUCCCUGUUUGUCCCGUAGCGAAAGAUUAUUGCAUAGAAUUUUUUGGAUAAGACAACUCUUGUGAAAAAAAAGGAGCUGGCAUCAUGGCUACAAGGCUAGUUUUUCUGUCUUUGGUAUUCGGGGCUAUGUCUGUGUCUGUGGGAGAGCAUCUGACUACAUCAGAGGUUCCGCCAAAGCGUCCUUACUUCGUCGACUGCCGUUCCCCAGAACAGGAGACAUUUAGUUGUUGGUGGAGUGCUGGGGAUUACCAGAAUCUAACAGGCCCUGGUGCACUGAGUGUCUUCUUUCAGAAAAAUAGAGAUGUUUGGAGGGAGUGCCCAGACUACAGCACGGCUGGUGAAAAUCACUGUUAUUUUAAUAGUACCUACACAUCUAUUUGGAUUCCAUACUGUGUCCAGCUAAGAUCACAAAUCCAGGACAUUGUUUAUCAUCAGAUGUGCUUCACUGUGGACGAAAUAGUGGUCCCUGACCCCCCUGUUGGUCUGAACUGGACGUUAUUGAACAUUAGCCAGACGGGGCAACACUUUGAUAUCCUGAUACAAUGGGAGCCCCCUCCUUCAGCAGAUGUCAAGAAAGGCUGGAUAAGUCUAGUCUAUGAGCCACAGUACAGAGCUAUCAACAUGUCUGAUUGGAAGCCGCUGGAAGUUGAGAGAGCACGCUACCAGUCUGUUUAUGGGCUGAAGACUGGCAUGGAGUAUGAAAUCAGGGUGCGGUGCAAACAGACUGCUUCUGAAAAAUUCAGUGAAUUCAGCGACCACCUUUAUGUGUACAUUCCUAAGGUGCCUACCAAAGAAACCCUGUUUCCAUUUACAAUGAUCUUAAUCUUCGGAGCAGUGGGAGUGAUUAUAGUCCUGAUGUUAAUUAUUUUCUCCCAACAACAGAGGUUGAUGGUGUAUUUCCUGCCACCUGUACCAGUCCCAAAAAUUAUGGGAAUUGACCCAGAACUGCUGAAGAAAGGCAAACUGGAUGAAUUGAACUCUAUUCUCAGUGGCCAUCACACCUUUAAGCCUGAACUCUACAACGAUGACCUGUGGGUGGAGUUCAUAGAGCUGGAUAUUGACGACCAAGAUGGAAGGUCCAACCACUCUGACACUCACAAACUGCUUGGCUCAGAGAACCUGAAUGGCAACUGCCUGAACAUCAAGGACGACGACUCGGGACGCGCAAGCUGUUACGAGCCAGAACUCCCUGACUCUGACACGCUCGAUCGAAGCCAGGCCGAAGCCAGAGAAGAGAAGGCAAGCCUCCUGGACUCUGAGGGCAAGGCGGCCCAUUCGAGUACCGCGGAUCCCAGCCCACCUGGCAGGAGCCACCCUGGAGCCACUGCUGAAGGAGCAAGCAGAAGUCAUCCCCAGAUCCAGUCCCAGCUGAGCAGUCAGAGUUGGGUAAACCUGGAUUUCUAUGCCCAGGUGAGCAACAUCACUCCAGCAGGGGGGGUUCUGCUAUCGCCCGGCCAGCAAAGCAAGAUUGAGAAAACCGCAGAAGCACACAGCUCCCCCAAAACCCAAAAGUGCCAACUUGCCAUGACCACGGACAGUGCCUACACCUCAGAGAUGGAUGCGAAAAACAUCAGUGCCACACCUUCCCUUAAUGGAAACGAGCCAAAGGUUACAGUGAGCCCCUACACUGUGAGUGAAGCCCCAGCCAGCUCAGUUCCACCAGUCUCAGACUACACCACUGUGCAAGCAGUAGAUUCCCAGCAGAGCCUGCUUUUGAAUCCCUCAACGUUGCCCACCAAGGGCACUCCUAUGCCAGCUGGAUAUCUGACCCCAGAGCAGUUGAACAGCAUUAUGCCCUAAGUGAUUCAAAACCACAGAUGCAAGCGUGCUAUUAACUUUUAUGCUUUUAAACCAAAACAUCAUGCAGGAGACACACAGGCGGAUGACUGUAGUGUGGCGGUAGAGGGCGAUGUGGUGCAGCAGCGUUGGUUUCCUUGCAAUUGACGUAAGGUUUGAUGGCUAAAAUAAUAAUAAAAAAUAAAAAAAACACUCUACCCUUUGAAGCAGGAUUCCUACAAUAGCUUGUUUAUCAUUCUGGACUGGAAUUUUGGACUGGAAUUUUGGUUCUAUGUAUCAGAAAAUGGAGAAUAGUUCAGUAAGCACCCAUUGCCAGAUCAGAGGCAACAUGAUUAUGGCACUAUUCACACAAGUGUUACUUAAAAUGAAUACAAAUAAAUAUGUAAUUAAACAUAAGAUCUUAAAAGUGUUGGAGGAUGGUAAAAAAAAAAAAAAAAACAGAAUGUACAUUUAAACUUCUGCUGAUUUCAUCUGAAGCAUUUUUUUCUUCUAGCUGUAUAGAAUUAGAAAGCUAAUGUGCUUGUUUUUUGGUGUUUAGAUUAUUUUUCCCCUAAUUCUGUGAUUUGGUUCUGUUCGACACAGUUGACAACCUGAAGUUUAGUUUUAGUGUAUAAAACAUAACUAUCCUUACCAGUGCUUGAAAUAGAAACAAAAGUGCCGGUACCCAGAGAACUGAGGGCAGGGGGUGGGGGGGAAGCAGGUUAUGCAUGAGUUUGCAACAUUUGAACUAAAAUAUGAUGCAGCUCGUAACUGGAGAGCACUCACCAAACACAGCUCCAGUCAAAAUAACUUCCACAGGGGCUCACGUGAUACUCAUUAAAACACCAGCUUAAAGCUUACUAAACAGCAGCCAAUAAAUAAAACAGACAAGUUUUACUAGGGUUAACUACUUGGUUUGUCUUUUAACCAGCCUUAAAUGUGACACUUCAUCUUUAAAUGAAAUGGCCCUCGUUCGGAGGUCAAUGAGCCAUAUGAUUCUUAAAAUUAUUUUUUAAAAAUGUAAAUAUAUAUCAAACAAUUAUUCUGUACGUACUUGUUACCUCGCAAAAAUGUCUUAAUUUUCAGUUUUGAAACAGACAAGAGCAUGAAUAUAGUAGUUAGAUUCCUCUUAAGGGGAAAAUAAAAACAAUGCAAUUUCCAAUACCAAGCCUUUUGCUCCUGCACUUUUUUGCUCGAGGUUUGUAGAAAAACGAUUGCAACGAUUUUUUUUUUAGUAGUGUAAUAUUGCAGUUGUCUCAAAAAGAGCCCCAUUGUUUUUUGGUUGUGGAUUGCAGUACUCUCUUGUAAGUUUGAUAUUAGAUCUCAGGGUGUGAUUUUUUUUUUUUUUUGUUGUUGUUAUGGGGAGCCAGGACAGUGCAGGUGUAACCUGGGGAGGGGGUGAGGGUGGGAGGAGAGGUUCGAGUACCUGGGAGAGUAAGGGGAGAGGUAGAACAUGACAGUGUGCUGCAUUAGGGUGGCUGGGAGAUCAAUGUGGUGAUGAGGACGGGGUGGGGAAGCUAGUGGGUAGGAUGGGACGGAUUAGAGUUGAACAAACCUCAAUUGAGAGUUAAGAUGAAAUCACUACUGUAAACAGCUUGUAGUAUUCUUGAUGAAAUGUGGGGUUUUUUGGGAGAUUAAAGGCUCCUGUCUUGUCUAUGGACUACCAGGGGUUAAUUUGUGAACAAAAUGGUACCAGAUCUUAUUAUUAAGGAAGAGGGACAGCAUUUUUGUUUAUAGACCUAAUGUACUGACCUUGAUUUACAGAAGCAACGAUAUAUAUACUUCAAGCUCUCAUCUGCUUGUUUCAUGCCUUAUUGUUGGUGUCAGUAGCUGCGUGCCUGUCUUUGCCUAGUCAUAUUUUAAAAUAGUCUUCAGGUUUGAACAGUACCUGUGGCGGGCCGACUAAUCUGAUGAACAGGACACUGUUGUUGUUAAGCGCACUAGUUUUUUGGCGUUUCUCAACUUGGGGUGUAUAAAAAAAAAAACUAAAAAAAAACUAGUAAUUUCUUUCCUCAUAAAUGUCGAAUCGUAAAAUAUAUACUUACAGUACAGUACAGGAGAGCAUGUUUUUAUUGUACAUGUUAUGCAUAUAGAGUUAUUUUUUUGCAGCAUUUUUUUUUUUCAUACAUUUGCAAAUUGUACAAUUGCCUGUCAGAUAAAAAGAUACUGGAUCUGGGAUCCGGUGCGAUGCGAUCCAGCACAAAUUAACCACAGUAUAAAGAUCCCACACUAUUAUUCUAAGAAGAGCAGGGGUGAUAAUGCCAGUGUAAUUUGGGCUACCUUGGUUAAUAUAUUUCCCUUUUUAAUUGUCCCUGUAGAAUCAGGACAUUCAUUACAACCCUUUAACAAGAGUUUACGAAAUGAUAUCAUUAUUACUUAUUCUAGUAGACAAACGUAUCAACAACUUCAACAGCCAUUCAAAGGAACCGUGUCUGAACACCUCACUGCAUGACGCUUCCUGUUUAACAGUGUAUAAACCUUUGGUCGGUAGAGACCCGUGUUCCAGAAUAAAUCAUCUUCAGAUUCCCUAAUUCCAGCUCUUCUACUGGCUUACUGUUCGUCUCCAGACACAAGGAACUUGCUUGGAAUAGGGUUUAGUCGUUAUUUUUUGUAUGUAUAAUGGUGCAAACUUGCUGUUCUGCUUUAUUACAGCUUUGCAUUUUUAAAGAAAACACUUUACUAUGUCUGCCUUAAGGAAACUACAAUAUGCAAAAAACAAACAGCACAUGGGAAAGUUGCCAUUAGAAAUGUGGUCUGUACUGAAGUAUACCUAUUUGGUCUCUGGUAUCCUGUCUGUUUCAGUGACUGGGGAGGGGGAUCGGGGUGGUGGGGGUAGGGGAAUCGCUAGGCAUUUGUAUAACCGAGAACCCAAAAGCAGUAUGUUUUUAAUGUCCUAUAACUUUUCAACAAUAAGUUACUCCUUUUAAGAUUCGCUAUCGGACAGUAUUACAACAAUACAUAUAUCAUGGAUUUUUUUUUUUUUUUUACUUCUGUGCUGAAGCAUUUUUUUAAAGGCAUAAGCUAAUGGUUGCAUAAAAAACUAAAUCCAGUGUUUGAGCGGUAUUGUUAAAUGAUUCUCUGAUCUUCUGUUUAUAUUAUAUGUAAAAUAUAUACUGCAACAGUUACCUUGAGCUCUAGCAUGCAAUAAUGUAUUAAUGUAUUAGCUAGCCAACAUGUGCCAAUAUGCUGCAUUGUAAGGUAAUGUCUGCCUGAAGCAUCAAAAAGAUAGCAAGUGUUGCAAAAAAACUUUGUAUUAGAAAUCUUACAUUAGUGCAGUGCGACUAUGAAACCGUGCCAAGGUGGAGGAAGUCAGAAGUGUGUAAUAGGGACACUAUUCAUAAAGCAUCGGCAUGGCGAUCGAUGCAUAGUACUGGUAUGCAAUCACCAGCAUGUCAAUGUCUUAUAAAUACAGCCCUUGGUUCUCUGACUCUUCUAGAACACCACACCCAGAUCCUUAUGGUAGCACUUUUAAGGGAUGUGGGAUGGAGGGGUUGAACCACUGAUAUUCAGUGGACCUGUCUUGAAUGAUUUGACUAUAGUCUGCACUUGAUCUUAAUAUUUGUGAAGAUAUGAUAAGCUGUGUCAUUUGGGGAUUCUGCUGAGAUGCCCAUUUGAAGUUAUGUAAUAGACAUAGACCACAAUCUGGACAUCGACUGGGCAAAAUAAUCUAUAUGAAGUAGAUGGUACAUGAGGGAUCAAAGCUGGUUGCACAGUAAUAACCAAGGAUUGAAUGAAGACAUAACCACCACCAAGUCUUGAGUUUGAUUUCUUCAUUACAUUUUCAAAUAUACUAGCUAACGCGUUGCAAUUGAUUUGAUUUGCCCAUUGAGACAGGUAAGACUCUGCUUGGCUGGCUCAAUUGUUCUUAUUAACUGCUGGAUAUAUAUUUGGGAUCGCUAGGCAUUUGUAUAACAGAGAAACCAAAAGCAGUACAUUUUUUAUGUCCUAUAACUUUUCAACAAUAAGUUACUCCUUUUAAGAUUCGCUAUCUGACAGUAUUCCAACAGUACAUAUCUCAUGGGUUGUUUUUUUUUUUCUUUACUUCCUUUUGUGCUAAUCGUUGCAUAAAAAGCUAAGUCCAGUGUUUGAGCGGUAUUGUUAAAUGAUUCUCUGAUCUGUGUGUGUGUGUGUGUGUGUGUGUGUGUGUGUGUGUGUGUGUGUGUGUGUGUAUAUAUAUAUAUAUAUAUAUAUAUAUAUAUAUAUAUAUAUAUAUAUUUAUAUAUAUAUAUAUAUAUAUAUAUAUAUAUAUAAAUCAUAAUCCUUUAAUAUUUCAGACUUUGUCCAGAUUCUGGUAUUUAUCUAUAACAGAUACAAUUGUACUACCUUUGACAUAUAUGUUAUGUGAUAAUAUAGUUAAAAUUGAUGAGAAUUGCAAAGAAGCUGGGAUGGCAAGUAAAUAUGCUCCAAGUACUUGCAUUAUAAAAAGGAGAAGUUCUGCCUUAUUGAAUAUCUGUCUAACUAUGCUGCUGUGUCUUUAUUAUACAUUUUAAGUCGGCGCAUGCUUGAACAAUCUUAAGCCCCUUUCACACUGGCAUGCUCUACCCGGGUUGGAACCUACCCGGGUCAGGACCUGGUGUCAUGUGGGUCGGCUACGCAAAUUCACACUGCUUUUGAUAAAGCAGGGUUGACCUGGGUGACAGAUGCAAGUAAACAAUGCGCGUAUCGAUGCUCCGGAAGCAGCUUGUUACUGACGCUUCCAUCCAAGCUUCUCUGGAUUGAACUGUCUGCUCAUAUGUCGAUUACAGCAAAUGUUUUGUAAUCUCUGCUGCAAUCAGGCUCAUGGUGUGUCUCAAGCAAUAAAAAUAAGCCUAAAUAGAAAUGUUCCUUGUGGAAGUGAAACCUUCACGCAGGCGCGGCUGUUUGUUAUUGCGUCGGCUCACGAACGGCCAUGCAUUUUGUCUUGCUCAACCCACGUCAAAGUGUGUCGACCCACAUCCUGAGGUGGGUCACUGAGACCUGGGUAAACCCGGGUACGAACCAGGUAUGUGGUUUCACACUACACGGGAUUGUGACCGGGGUAGACAGGCUUCAGAAUGUAAUGUUUGGGAAGUGUUAAAAGCUCUUAUUUGAUUAUUUGCUGGUUUCAUUGUAUAUUCUCUUUUUAGACCUUAGUAUGACCUCAGAAUUGUAUGAUGGUUAAACUCAUAACUGAAUCAACUGUUCUGCAACAUGAAAAACAUUCUGGAAAUGUUUGAUGAAUCAAAACGUAAUAUGUAAAUGUACAGUGGUCUAGUGAAAAUCAAUUGAUAUUACACAUUAACCUAUCCUGGAUGUAACAGUUCAUUGAGAGCAUUUGACUUCAGCAGGUAAAGGUGAAUUUUUUACAUUGAUUCUAUCAAAAUCUGUGGCAAAUUUACAUGUAACAAGUCUAUUGUUGUGUGUACUGAGGAGCACAAAGAGAGCUCCAAUCUGGAUUGUUUAAAUCCUGAAAUGUGUGGAAGCAGACUUCUAGGGGAACGGGUUGAUGCUUUUGUUUGUGGGAGGAAGGGUGUAUUUAAAGUGUAUACAGUACUUAAAGUGGCUUAAACAACUAUCCAGUAUUUUCACACCAACUUUUGCUGUUUCUGACAAGUAAUGUAACAAUUAACAAUAUCCAUCAAUGCCUUUCUCCAUAUGUAUGCAAUACUUAAAAUAAAAAAUAAAAAACACUACAAAUCUUAUAGAAUAGAUUGUAAAAGUGAACAAGUUGAGACGUUCUCUUUCAAAGCAUGAUUUUGUUUAUGUUGUUAAAUGUGUAUUAGCUGCUCUCUUUGCUGCUACAUUCUUUUGGAGAUAGCAUUUUGUCUUUUGUUGCUGAAGUUCGUUAUAUUUGAUUUGUGUUAUUGUUAUAAUUAGUAUUAUAAUUAUAAAGUGAAUAUAUGUAAAGGUCAUCUAUGUGUUAUCCAUAAGAACUGUGUAACUGCUUCUGGUCACAAAAUGUAAUGGCAAGAUACCUCAAUCACAAAAGAAAUGUCCUGGUACAAACAACAGUUGAUUCUGCGUCGUGAAUUCACAUUUCUUCAGUGUUAUAUGUUUCAUUUAUUCUAUGAGUCAUAUAAUAAAGUGUAUUUUUCUUGGCA